CUGGGCGCGGAGGUGGUGAGCGCCCUGCACGAGCUGCGCAAGCUGAACCUCAGCCACAACCAGCUGCCCGCCCUGCCCGCCCAGCUGGGCUCGCUGGCCCACCUGGAGGAGCUGGAUGUCAGCUUUAACCGCCUGGCGCACCUGCCCGACUCCCUCUCCUGCCUCUGCCGCCUGCGCACCCUCGAUGUGGACCACAAUCAGCUCACCGCUUUUCCUGGGCAGCUGCUGCAGCUGGCUGCCCUGGAGGAGCUGGACGUGUCCAGUAACCGGCUGCGAGGCCUACCUGAGGGUAUCAGUGCCCUGCGUGCCCUUAAAAUCCUCUGGCUGAGUGGGGCCGAGCUUGGCACCCUGCCUGAGGGCUUCUGUGAGCUGGCCAGCCUGGAGAGCCUCAUGCUAGACAACAACAGGCUGCAGGCUCUGCCCACCCAGUUCAGCCAUCUGCAGAGACUCAAAAUGCUCAACCUCUCCUCCAACCUCUUUGAGGAGUUCCCUGCCGCGCUGCUGCCCCUGGCUGGCUUGGAGGAGCUCUACCUUAGUCGCAACCAGCUCACCGCAGUGCCAUCCCUGAUCUCAGGCCUGGGCCGGCUCCUCACCCUGUGGCUGGACAACAACCGGAUCCGCUACCUGCCAGACUCCAUUGUGGAGCUGACGGGCUUGGAGGAGCUCGUGCUGCAGGGCAACCAGAUCGCUGUGCUGCCAGACAACUUUGGCCAGCUCUCCCGGGUGGGCCUGUGGAAGAUCAAGGACAACCCACUGAUCCAGCCCCCCUACGAGGUCUGUAUGAAGGGGAUCCCCUACAUCGCAGCCUACCAGAAGGAGCUGGCCCACUCCCAGCCGGCAGUUCAGCCCCGCCUCAAGCUGCUCCUGAUGGGCCAUAAGGCUGCGGGGAAGACCUUGCUCCGGCACUGCCUCACUGAGGACAGAGUGGAGGCAAGUGAAGGAGGGGACAAGGAGAAGGGCUACUCACCUCCACCGCCGCCCGCGAGCAAGGGCAUCGAGGUGACCAGUUGGACAGCCGACGCUUCCCGGGGCCUGCGGUUCAUUGUGUAUGACUUAGCCGGAGAUGAAAGCUACGAGGUGAUCCAGCCCUUCUUCCUCUCCCCAGGGGCCCUUUAUGUGCUGGUGGUGAACUUGGCCACCUAUGAGCCACGGCGAUUUCCUACCACCGUGGGCUCCUUCUUGCAUCGGGUGGGGGCCCGCGUGCCUCACGCGGUGGUGUGCAUUGUGGGCACGCACGCAGACCUGUGUGGGGAGCGGGAGCUGGAGGAGAAGUGUCUGGACAUCCACCGCCAGAUCGCCCUGCAGGAGAAGCACGACGCUGAGGGGCUGAGCCGCCUGGCCCAGGUGGUGGACGAGGCGCUGGCCCGCGACUUCGAGCUGCGCUCAGCCAGCCCCCAUGCCGCAUACUAUGGUGUGUCAGACAAGAACCUUCGGCGGCGCAAGGCCCACUUCCAGUACCUGCUCAACCACCGGCUGCAGAUCCUCUCCCCGGUGCUGCCUGUGAGCUGCAGGGACCCCCGCCAGUUACAGCGCCUUCGGGACAAGCUGCUCUCGGUAGCGGAGCACCGGGAAAUCUUCCCCAACUUACACAGAGUCCUGCCCAGGUCCUGGCAGGUGCUGGAGGAACUGCAUUUCCAGCCCCCGCAGGCACAGCGGCUUUGGCUGAGCUGGUGGGACUCGGCACGCCUGGGCCUGCAGGCAGGUCUGACCGAGGACCGGCUGCAGAGUGCCCUGUCCUACCUGCACGAGAGCGGCAAACUGCUCUACUUUGAGGACAGCCCAGCCCUCAAGGAACACGUCUUCCACAACCUCACCCGCCUCAUUGACAUCCUCAAUGUCUUUUUCCAGAGGGAUCCUUCCUUGUUGCUGCAUAAGCUGCUCCUAGGGACCAACGGAGAGGGCGAGGGAGACGGGGAAAGCUCCCUCGUCAUGGCACUGCCACCGCCCAGCCAGGACCUGCUCCCGGCCACCCAGCUCCAUCAUUACGUGGAGGGCUUUCUGCUUCACGGGCUCUUGCCGGCCCAUGUCAUUCGGUUGCUGCUUAAGCCUCACGUCCAGGCCCAGCAGGAUUUGCAACUGCUGCUGGAGCUGCUGGAGAAGAUGGGACUCUGCUACUGCCUCAAUAAACCCAAGGGCAAGCCGCUGAAUGGGUCCAUGGCCUGGUACAAGUUCCCCUGCUACGUGCAGAACGAGGUGCCCCAUGCGGAGGCCUGGAUUAACGGGACCAACCUGGCCGGGCAGUCUUUUGUGGCUGAGCAGUUGCAGAUUGAAUAUAGUUUUCCCUUUACCUUCCCGCCUGGGUUGUUUGCACGCUACAGCGUCCAGAUCAACAGCCACGUGGUGCAAAGGUCGGACGGGAAACUUCAGAUCUUUGCAUAUCGAGGGAAAGUUCCCGUGGUGGUGAGCUACAGACCCGCCAAGGGGGUCCUGCAGCCAGAUACCCUGUCCAUCGCCAGCCAUGCCUCAUUACCAAACAUAUGGACGGCGUGGCAAGCCAUAACCCCCUUGGUGGAAGAACUGAAUGUCCUGCUUCAGGAAUGGCCUGGACUGCACUACACCGUGCACAUUCUCUGUUCUAAGUGCCUUAAGAGAGGGUCGCCCAAUCCACACGCUUUCCCGGGGGAGCUGCUGAGUCAGCCCAGACCGGAAGGAGUGGCCGAGAUUAUUUGCCCCAAGAACGGCAGUGAGCGAGUGAAUGUUGCCUUGGUUUACCCACCUACACCGACUGUGAUCAGCCCCUGUUCCAAGAAGAACGUUGGUGAAAAGCACAGAAACCAGUGACCUUUAUGGCUGUGGAAUUUCCGUGAAGAGACGCACCUGGACCAUGUUUCGCACCUGGUAACCCUCCACACUCCCCGUGUGUCGUGAACUUGAGCGCACGGCUCAGGGUGCUCUCGGAGGAGGGAGCCCGCCUGGCCUGCCCACGAGGUGGGGAGGGGCGGGGGGAGGUCGGGAGGGAGAAUAUGGAGCAAGUCUUUUACAACCUGAACCUCAGAACUGUGAUCCUCCAAGGAGAGCGCUACUUGAAGAAAAGAAAAGAC